AUGCUUCACUCUGACGUCGACGCUCCCUCCCACACCACGCCCACCUACUCACUACAGCCUUCAGCCAUCAACAGCGGGGAAACCAUCUGCCAGCAUCAUCCAUUUCCCUCAUCUCACAUCACCUACACCAUUACGAUGGAGGCACACCGAUCCUGGCUGGAGGAACUCCCUGUCGAGCUGCAGGCCGAGAUCGCCAACUAUCUUGAGGGUCCCGACCUUAUUGCCUUCCGACAGGCUUCCCCCGAAUUGGCGGCAGCGGCGUCAGGCGCCUUCGGAACGCAUUUUCUCCCCAGUCUAACUACGGACCUUAGCCGGCGCAGCCUGUCCCGGCUCCUCGGGGCCGUGGGCUUCCCCCACCACCGCCGCCGGGACCGCGUGCUUCACAUCGUCCCCUGGGCGCAACAUCGCAUGUCCUACGUGCAGCGGCCCAACGACUGGGCGCGUGACGCCGCCACGGGCCGGCUCGACCUGGCAACCCCAACGGGGCGGGCGGUGCUAUCGUGCAUCCGCGACGGCUUCCACGGCUACCGCUCUUUCGCCAUCUCCGACGAGGCCUGGAACGACCCGGGUGUUCCGCCGCCGCCGCCGCCGCCGCCGCCGCAGCAGCAGGGCGCCGGCGGCAACGAUAGGGGGCCGAUGCACCUGUACCCGACUGACGCGCUCGCCCUCGUGGUGGCGCUCGCGGCGGACCCCACGAACCCGGCGCCGGUGACGGCGCUCGAGGUCUCCCUGCGGAAGAGAGGUAUUGAUGAGCCCCUGCUCGACCCCGAGGCCCUGCGCCGUGCUAACUGGGACUCUUUGAAGACGCUCCGCUUUGACGUGGAAGAGAUGGCCGACCCCGCCGACCCCGCCGUCCGGCCUUUUAUCCAUACCCUGCUCGAUUCGGCGCUAAAUCUCGAAACGGUCGAGAUCCGGGGCGGGGAGGUGCCAAUCGCGUGCUGCGUCGCGCUGCUGUCUCAACAGCAGCGCGUAAUCCGCAGCCUUAAGGUUGGAGGCCGACGCGGCCGCCUGAGCGGUGCGUCACCACUGGUGCUCCGCGAUUGGAUGGAGUCCAACCUCGGCGGCGAUAAGCUCGAGUCGCUGGAGUUCGACUGCAUCUACCUCGAAGGCACCUCGGGCGAUGUCAACCCUUGGGAAGGGGUUCUCGCCAGGGUGCACGCCGCGUUCCCCAACCUCAAGAGGUUCAAGAUGAUGAGGUGCGGGAUGGUGACGGUGGCCUUUGAGUACGAGGCCCAGUUCAUGUGCCCGCUCUUCCAGAUACUGACCGCAAGGCUAGGCCCGGCCAGGACCGGCUGCCCAUCCGGCGAUUGUGUUUUGAGCCAUGGGCGGUGCUGCGCCGCCUUUUCGGACGAGCACGGCGGCACCUUCCGCCUCAUGUCGGUGCCUCAGUUCGUCCAGCUCCCCCCAGGUCAGAGCGGCCCCCUGCAGUCCACGCUCCACGAUUUCGAUGUGGAAUACGAGCUUGGGCCCGAGGGAGCGGCCGAGGGCAUGAGGGGCGCGCUGAGCGACAUGGCUCAGGGCAUGACUCGUCAUUCUCAACUCGACCCUUGCCCAGGAAGGCUGGCUCCGGACCCGAACCAGGCCUGA